UCAGGCUGUACACCGUAUCUGGCUUGUAAACAAGCUGCUGUGUCUCUGGGGGGACGGGAUAGAAGCUGACCCUUUUUGAGUGAUGGAUUUCUCUGAGGAUUUGUUUGAGGGUAUUGUAAUGUGCGAGGAGAGGUUCCAUGGCAAGGGAUACGAGGAAGGUUUUGCUGAAGGAAACUCUGUUGGGGAGUCUGAAGGCCAGCAGUAUGGUGCAAACUACGGUGCAAGGGCAGGAUCAGAGCUUGGUUGUUACUUGGGUUUUGCAUCUACGUGGAGACAUCUUCUUUUAUGUGACGUGGAUUCCAGACACAGUAAGAAAAUAAAGACACUGGAUUCGUUAAUAAGCAUGAUCCAAAAUUUCUCUUAUGAUGACCCUACUAAUGACAAACUGCAGGAAGAGAUUGCUAGGAUCCGGGGGAAAGUGAAACAGGUUUGCUCCAUGUUAUCCGUACAACCUGACUUUAAAAUGACUAACGACGUGGCAGGACUUUCAUUCUAAGCUUGAAAUGGCUUGUAUGAGAUCUCCAAGUGCCGAGUGUGUCUCCUUCCUCCAGGCUGAGCAUGCCACGUUUCUCCGGUUUGGUUUACAGUGGAGUUGUUGGAGGAGGUGGUGUUGACAGUAAC